CAAUUACAUCGGGACGCGACGGAGGAGAGAUACGACGACAACGGGUGGAAGAAAAUGCCGGUGAGAGUUGUGGAGAGCAACGCGCCUGCCCAGGUUUCAGGGACUGAUCCUGGGAAUCGAUCACCACUUCCGCCAAGUUCACUUCUUUCCGCUGGACAAGCAUUUUCUGGUACACAAAAUGUCUCUAAUCAACAGAAGGAGGAAGCUUGGAGAGUCAACGUCCAGAUACAGGGAGUUGACCUUGAACAUGGCUAUCUUUGUGGCACUAUGGAAGCUCUAAACGUUCCCAUGGCAGACACUCCUGUCAUAACAUUCUGGGAAGGAGAGAUUGUUGAUGGAAAGAAUUAUACUUUUUACACCGGAAAAUGGGAAGCCACGAGGGAAGAUGAUAUGAGACAUUGGUCAAAGUUCCCAUCUUUUGCACCUCUUCAGGGACAAGUUGAGACUGACGGUGGAAGGCAAUUAGAUCUUAGCAAUUACCCUUACAUAUUCAUGAGAUGGAAAGAGCAAUACUUUGUAAACGUUGGCACAGACUGUGGACUAACAAUAGCUGGAUUUUACUACGUAUGCUUCUCCUGCAGCGACGGAUCCAUCAGCGGUUUCUAUUAUGACCCUAACAGCAGUCCGUUUCAGAAGCUGGAGCUGAAAACAGUUAACGAAGGAAGAACUGGUUUCAGCUUUUCUUCUUACGAGUUGCAAUGAUGAAAGCCAACAAAAAAAAGCAGCAGACAGCGCCAUAUGAUGGCCCUCGUGGCCACAUGGCAGGCGCGUGAUACCAGUAACACUGUGAUAGGCAGCGUAGCAGACAACACAAGUAAAAAACUAAACUACUAUUUUGUCAUCAUGGUACGAGACUUCAAGCUAAACAUUUCGAUACAAUGUCACAUUUUUUUCCAAAAAUAAUGAUAUUAUUCAAAAAUAAUACCACAAAAUAAGGUUCUCC